GUUAAUCUGCUCGGCCUCAAGCACUCAAGCAAAGACAGAUCCACCUUUUCAGCUACGGUACUAACUUACAGUACGGAUUAGUGACACAAGCGAGCAAGGGGCUGUCGGAGUUGACACUUGGAAACUACAGCGCCAGCGCCAUUAGUUGCUGAGGAGAGCGACAUAGACCUGACACGGAGCCCAAAGCCCAUCAGCUUUCACCAACCUAUUCCGCUUGUUUAUUUCCUACUCACCACACCAAAUCGCUGUGCAGGGCCACUCUGUGACUUCAAGAUGAAUUUCGAUAGCUUGAAAGACCAAGUCUCCAACCUGACCUUGUAUGAUCUCAAGGCAGGAGUCCGCAAGGUCCAAAAUGGUAAGCCACCAGUGCGCAACGAGAACAGCAGGACUAUGAGAGACUUACAUGUUUCGGUUACCAACAGCUGUCAUGAACUACACUGAAAUGGAAGCCAAGGUGAGGGAGGCUACCAACAACGAACCAUGGGGCGCAUCCUCGACAAUUAUGCAAGAGAUCGCCAAUGCCACCUUCAACUAUCAAACACUCAAUGAGAUUAUGCCCAUGAUCUACCGGCGGUUCACCGAGAAAGCCGCAGAGGAGUGGCGGCAGAUCUACAAGGCUCUACAACUGCUCGAAUUCCUCAUCAAGCACGGUUCCGAGCGGGUCAUAGACGAUGCGCGAGGACACAUCACCCUUCUCAAGAUGCUACGGCAAUUCCACUUCAUCGACCAGAACGGCAAGGAUCAAGGUAUCAACGUACGAAACCGCGCCAAGGAGUUGGCUGAACUCUUGGGUGAUGUCGAACGAAUCCGAGGAGAGCGAAAGAAGGCCAGAUCCAACAAGGCCAAAUACACAGGUGUCGAGGGAGGCACUGGCGGUUUUUCCAGCAGCAGCAGUGGUCGAUAUGGCGGCUUCGGCAGCGAGUCUGGCGGCUACGGUGGUGGUGGUAGUGGUGCGUCUUCUUCUGGCUAUGGCGCCUACUCUGGCGGCGUUUACGGUGAUGGCGGUGGUUUUGGUGGCCAAGAGGCGAGCGACUUUGACCGAGGUGGUAGAGGCGGCGACCAGUUCGAGGCAUACGACGAGUACGACGAGGGCACGUCAGGCGCAAGCUCAUCUCGCACCAAGAGACCGGAGAGGGCCGAAAGGGCUGGUGUCAAGAAGACUACUCCUUCAGCUCCACCCAAGAAGGCCAAGGAGCCCGAAGUUGAUCUCUUCUCCUUUGACGAUCCAGCGCCCGCUCCCUCGGCGCCCGUCGCUGCCCCCGCGGCGGCUCCUUCAAAUGGUGGAGCCUUUGCUGCACUAUCCAAUGAUGACGAUGAUGACUUUGACGACUUCCAGUCCGCCGCUCCCGCUACACAAUCGUCGGCCCCGUUAAACUCCUUCGGCAUUGCACCGCCUAUGGUCACUUCGAGCGCUCAGGGUACUGCUCAGUUCGCAGCGCCUCAGCCCGUUUCUGGCCCACAGAAUGCCAACAUUAGCAGCAUGAUGUCGGCUAUCUCCCCGCCUGCCAGUGCCAAUGCGACACCUGCUGCCAACUACUCUGCUUUCAACAUUCCAAGUAACAAUGUCAUGUCGCCUCAGGCACCAAAACCAACUGGAUACCAGCCAGCACAACCCAACUAUUUCACGUCUGUUCAGCCCUCUCAAGCACCCCAGAAAUCCGCUUCGGCUUUCUCAGGGCCAUCUUCUACCUCUACCUUUGGUAGCUCGACCUUAAACAAGCCGGCCGGUACACCAGCUGCAAAGCCCGCAGCAGCAGGCGGCGACCCAUUUGCCAAUCUUUUCGCAUCAGCUGGUGGCAGUGGUGCCAAGAAGGCCUCCGUAUCCUCUGGGCCCAAGUUGGGUCAGCUAGCCAAGGAAAAGACGAGUCAAUCUCUUUGGGGAGCGCCUGCUGCCUCAAGCACACCUAAGCCUACGCAAUCUACGACAGGAAGUAGUGGGCUGGAUGAUCUUCUGGGUUGAGCUAGAGAAGUUCUACACAUAACAUAACUAUAUUCAGGGCUUCAGAUGAAAGAAUCUGGAUGCCAUUACGUAUAAUGGCGUGUUACACAUCCACUAUAUAUGCAAACACC